AGCAUCAUCAAACCUGCUGUUGGUGCUAACAUUGUCACUAUGAUUGGUGAUAUCCUGCUUUCCAAAACCAACGUAACACCAGUGGCUAACAUUGUCCUUAAUCUUACAGAUAAAAUGGGGAACAAUAUGGACUUCCUAGGUGAAUCUGUAACUUUAACAGCUCCCUCACUGGCACUUUCCAUGAUCAACACAGACUCAGAUGGAUUCACUGGCCUCACCUUUGGCGUCUCCUUCGAUUCAUCUCUCCUGAUUCCAAAUACUUUUGUAAACCAGAGCUUUGUGAGUAAACCACUCCCAGACACAGAUGCAACUAUCUCUCUGCCCUCUGCGCUCCACAACUUUUUUAAAGGAAAUACAACUCGUGUUCAGUUUCAGUUCUAUGGGACAGAUGAUCUUUUUCAGGACCCAUAUACAACCAAUUCAACAGAGAGCAGCUGGACAUUGAACUCCUACAUAGUAUCUGCCAGUAUCAAUAACAGUCAUGUCAGCAACCUGAAGGAUCGAGUGGUGGUGACCCUCAGUCAUCUAACACCCAAACAGCCAGAAGACAAUGUAGAAUGUAUGUUUUGGGAUUUCCUGAAGAACAGUGGGCAGGGUGGUUGGAACAACAAAGGGUGUAAAACCCACAGUGUUUCUUCUUAUCAGACCAGCUGUCACUGUGAUCACCUCACACAUUUCGCUGUGCUCCUGGAUGUGUCUAGAACCCCCAUCGGUGAGGCAGACAGUAAGAUUCUGACUGUGAUUUCAUAUCUUGGUUGUGGUAUAUCCUCCAUCUUUCUGGGCAUCACUCUAAUCACCUACCUCGCAUUUGAGAAGCUGCGUCGGGACUACCCAUCUAAGAUCCUCAUCAACCUGUCAGCUGCCCUGCUGGGCUUGAACAUGAUCUUCCUUCUUGAUGCUUGGCUCUCAUCCUUCUCCAACUAUGGUCUGUGCAUCGCUACUGCGGCAUCGCUGCACUACUUCAUGCUGGCUUCUUUCACCUGGAUGGGCCUGGAGGCUGUGCACAUGUACCUCGCCCUGGUCAAAGUCUUCAACAUCUAUGUUCCUUCUUACAUUCACAAAUUCUGCGCUGUAGGAUGGGGUAUUCCUCUGGUCAUAGUCAGCCUGGUGCUGGCUAUAGAUAAAGAUGCCUACGGCAACACCGUGGCUGAGGAGGCUGCAGUCAUGCUUCAAUCCCCUGACCUAUUCUGCUGGCUGCAGAAUGACGUCUUCUUCUAUGUGACGGUGGUGGCAUUUGUUCUUCUGAUCCUGUUGUGCAACAUCUCUGUGUUCAUCGUGGUUCUGAUUCAGAUCAGACAGAUGGCGGCCAAUAAAUCCUCAGCAAACAGCCGCAGCUCUCUGCAGGACUUGAGGGCAGUGGCUAGUCUCACUGUCCUAUUAGGCCUGACGUGGUCAAUGGGCUUGUUUUCCUUUGGGCCAGGCAAAGUGGUCCUGAUGUACCUGUUCUCCAUCUUCAACACUUUCCAGGGUUUCUUUGUUUUUUUGUUCCACUGUUUGAUGAAGGAAAAUGUGAGGAAACAGUGGAGAAUCCACUUGUGCUGUGGACGUGUCAGACUCAGUGAUAACUCAGACUGGAGCCGCUCCGUAACAGUGGGUGGUCGCAGCAAAAAGAAGAAUCUUGUUAACUCUGACUCAGUUGCUUCUGACGACACGUCCACCGUCAGGAAGGUCUCCGACUCUUCCACAGGAUCAGCACCAAAUCACCACCACCAGGGGGCAUGAGUCGCCUCUGUAUGUGUCAUUCUGUAGUGCUCUCCCUCCCAGCUGGGCCGACCCUGUACAUCUGGGGCCCUAAGCAGAAUAAGUUUGGGGACCCUGUGUGGCAGCAGAUACACAUUGAAGAAUUCAUAGAACCAGCGAACAUAUGCAAUUAUAACCCUUAUGCACUGUGUUUGUACCUGGGCUGCAGGUCUUUUUCUGCUAAUUAAAUACACCCACUGAAACACUCAAAGUAAA